CCGCGCGUCGAAAAAACGCGAUCUUGAUUCUCAUCCCACUUUCUUCCUUCUCUCUCUUUCUGUCUUCUGCUCUAGCUAAAUAUCAAACAAGGCAUCAAAAUUUUGAGAGACGGAGAGGAGAGAGGGAGAGAGAUUGAGAUCAGGAAGCGGUGUGGUCACCGCCAUCAAUGGAGCAUCAGAUGAUGAUCGAUCGCCGUCACGACGCGCUCGGGGAUCUCCGAAUCAUUCCGGACGAAAUCCUCUGUGGCAUCCUCGAAUUCCUCUCGGCUCGCGACCUCGCUCGCCUCUCCUGUGUUAGCAGUGUAAUGUACACACUCUGCAAUGAAGAGCCGCUGUGGAUGAGCUUGUGCCUCAGAGAUGGAGGUCAACUUCAGUAUAAGGGCUCUUGGAAGAAGACUACACUUCAUCAGCAAAAUCUGUUCACUGCACUUGAAAUUUCCCGUGAGAAGCCUCUGCAGUUUGCCGGAUUCAACUCCUUGUUUCUUUAUUUGAGAUGGUAUAGGCGUUUCACGACAUUGGAUGGGUUCUCUUUCGAUAGUGGAGCUCUCGAGAGAAAGAAAGAGCUUACGGUGGAGGAGUUUCGUUCCCAAUAUGAUGGGAAGAGCCCGGUCUUGCUUACUGAAUUAGCUGAAGCGUGGCCAGCAAGAAAUAAGUGGACAAAAGACCAACUGUUAUUGAACCAUGGAGAAGUUGCAUUCAGGUUAUCUCAGAGGAGCUCCAAGAAAAUUACCAUGAAAUUGAAAGAUUAUUUCUCUUACAUGGAACUUCAGCAUGAUGAGGACCCUCUUUACAUUUUUGAUGACAAGUUUGGAGAAGCUGCGCCAACUUUAUUGGAAGAUUAUAGCGUGCCUCAUUUGUUCCAAGAAGACUUUUUUGAUGUUUUAGAUCCUGAUCAACGACCUCCUUUCAGAUGGUUAAUAAUUGGGCCCGAGAGGUCUGGUGCUUCUUGGCAUGUUGAUCCAGCCCUGACGAGUGCAUGGAACACUCUUCUGCUCGGACGCAAAAGAUGGGCAUUAUACCCUCCCGGCAGAGUACCUAUAGGUGUUACAGUGCAUGUUAAUGAAGAUGAUGGUGACGUUAACAUUGAUGGUCCAUCAUCUUUGCAGUGGUGGCUCGAAAUUUAUCCAAAGCUUGCUGACCAUGAUAAACCAAUAGAGUGUACCCAACUGCCUGGAGAGACAAUAUUUGUUCCGAGUGGCUGGUGGCAUUGCGUGCUAAAUCUAGAAACAACCAUUGCUGUCACUCAGAACUUUGCUAAUGCAUCGAAUUUUGAAUAUGUAUGCUUGGAUAUGAGCCCAGGCCACUGUCACAAAGGAGUUUGUCGUGCUGGAUUGUUGGCUCUCAAGGACAAUGCUUAUCCAGAUACCAAGAAUGGUGCACCUAUUGACGCCGGUGUAAUGAAUCACCUUGACAUGACCCGUAAAGGCAAAAGGCUCAAAAUUUCAGAGGGUGGUAAAGAUGGGCACAAACAUGAUAACAAUAGUAAUGGUAUCAAAGGGUCAUCAGAGAUUUACAACAAACUGCAGAAUAAAGAUUUUUUGUACAGUAUAGAUUUUUUAGCUAAGUUCUUGGAGAAAGAUAGAGACCAUUAUACUUCUGUUUGGAGCCCUAGCAACAUUAUAGGACCCAGAGAAAUGAGACAGUGGUUGCACAGGCUUUGGGUUUUGAAACCAGCAAUGAGACAGUUAAUCUGGCAGGGUGCUUGCCUGGCUUUAAAUGUCGACAAAUGGUCAAAUUGUGCUAUGGAAAUAUGUGCUUACCACAAUUUACCAUCUCCCCUUGAUGAGGAGAAGUUUCCUGUUGGCACAGGCAGCAAUCCGGUUUUCUUGGUUUCCGACCAUGUAGUAAAAAUAUGCAUUGAAGGAGGUUUGGAAUCAUCUGUCCAUGGCCUUGGCACGGAGCUUGAGUUCUAUAAUCUACUUCAGAAAACAAGAUCCCCUCUGAUAAAUCAUGUUCCAGAAGUUGUAGCAAGCGGAUUAGUUAUUGAUGAGAAUGGUGCUUAUAAACCUCUUUCAUGGGAUGGAAGAGGAGUACCAGAUGUACUUGCUGACUAUAAACUUGUAGAAGGAGAGUGUGGCAGGGACGAAUUUUCUCUCGGUGUCUGGAGUAAGAAGAAAUUAGAACUUAAAAGUCCAGGAUCCAUCUCACCUUCUAAGAUAUUUCCAUAUAUAAUAAUCAGAAGAUGCAGAGGGGAUAUUUUUGCUCAUAUAAGAGACACAUUGCCAAGAGAUGAUGUUUUGCAUUUAGCUUCAUUUUUGGGAGAGCAACUGCGAAAUCUUCACCUCUUACCCGUGCCUCCUCUCAGAUAUGGCAUCAAGUAUAAGAUUAAUGAUAUGUCUUUGAUAGGAUGUCCAAAUGGUCUGUCUGAUGUUUCUGAGAAACCCACAGCAAAUGUUUUCAAAGAAGUGAGUCCUAAAGGCUUUAGUAUUCCACCAGAGUGGGAGCUUAUUGUUGCAGCACUAAGUAGAAGAAAAGAGAAUUUGAAAGAACGCUUAUCUCAGUGGGGAUAUCCUAUUCCAAGCUCUUUGAUAGAUAAAGUUGAAGAGUACAUUCCAAAUGAUCUUGCAUUGUUGUUCAACCUAUCAGAGGAGAAGAAUACUUUUAAUGGCUAUAAUGCAUCCCCUACUUGGAUACAUUCAGAUAUCAUGGAUGACAAUGUCAUUAUUGAAUCAUGUACUCAUGCUAGUUCUUUCGAUGGGACUACAUCUGAUCCAAGAACAACAGUUAAUGGCACACCAGAUGCUUGUAAUGUUGAAAGAAGUCCAAGGAACUGGACCCCCACCCACAUUCUGGAUUUCAGUGAUCUAACUAUUGGGGAUCCUUUAUAUGACUUGAUUCCGAUACACCUAGAUAUUUUCAGAGGAGACGUUUAUCUUCUUAAACAAUUUCUUGAAAGCUACAAACUCCCUCUGACAAGAAUAUUGAACAGUGUGCCUUCCUAUGUUUCGGUAGAGAACUGGAAGAAGCUUAAGAGAAUUUCAUAUCGUGCCAUGUGCUACUGUAUUUUGCACGAAGAGAACGUUCUGGGAGCCAUCUUUAGCCUCUGGGAUGAACUGAGAAAGGCCGAGUCGUGGGAAAAAGUAGAGGAGGUUGUUUGGGGAGAGUUGAAUAAUUACAAAUGCUCUGGCUAAAGAUUUUAAUCUUAGCAAAACUGAAACGUAAUAAUAAUUACCUUGUAUGUUUUUUUCCAUUUCAUUCAUUUUGUAACUUUAUGGUACCGAGUGCUGUUUAACCACUCUUCUUCAAAUUGGUGCAAAAUAAUUAGAUCUUUCCUUAGUUAUUGUAACUCGAGGAAUUUUCUGUUUAACCUCCAAUAAUUGUUGUCUCAUAAAUAUCAAGCCUACUUGUUAUGCGAAUAUAUCUUUCAUGAA